AUGUCGAUCAACUUCCGCAGAAACUUCAUGAAGAACUGGUUCGCUGUCGAGGUAGGACUUAUUCCUCCGUCGCUGGGCCAAGCUGAUGAUUGUCAACAGGCAAUCCCAAUUUGGUGCAUUGUUGCUACUGUUGUCUCGGGCGGAACAUGGUUCAUGGCUCGUUCUGCCAUGGGUCCUACAAUCCAAUGGACGAAAACGAAUCCUACUCCCUGGAACGAUAUCAGGCCACAUCAAGGCACUAAGCUCCUACAGGUACAGUCAAAGUUCGACCAACGAUGGGUAAGAGAAAAGCUAUAG